AUGAAGGUCGCCACUAUCGCAUCCGUUCUCUGCCUCGCUGCCACCCAGCUUGUCGCUGCGGACACCAUCACCUCAACGGCGACAAGUACGAUCACUAAAACGGUGUACCGUGUUACCGCCCAAACUGCCGCUGAAAGUCUGUCGGCCACGCCUCUUGGUUCUUCUGCAGCCUCUACGGGCUCGGUGGCCUCCAGCCAUGCGCACCACGCCAGUACUGCGUCGGGUAGCUCGGCCAGCACGGCUAGCCCGUCAGUUACUCUGAGCUCCGCUGCUGGAGUCUUUGACGCCAACAUGCCCGUUGCGCUCGUUGCUGGCUCUGUAGCUGUCUUGUUGGGCUACCUGUAG